AUGGCUUCACAAGUAUCUGCUUGUUUCGAUGAACUGGUGUGUUUACGUAUUUUGCAAUUCACACACCAUUGCAAUUGGUCAAUUACUCAACCGUUUUUAAUUUCCAAAACUUUUAACAAUGUUUUCAAUUCUGAUGGAUUUACCAGAGAUUUUCUGAUGAGAAAUCUUGAAUUGGAUCAAGUUGAUGAUUUGCAAAAGGCCAUCAAUGCUUUUGUUGAGAAGGAUAAACUUGUUGAAAAAGGAGCUGAGAGAUCUGAACGAAAGCAAAAGAAGAAGAAGAGAAAGAAAGAUUAUGAUGAAGAUGAGGAUAAAACAAUCAUAAGACCACCAACAAACCUACGAGAUGUGUUGAAACUUUUUGUCAAAUGUCAGGGAAAUGGUGAUGACAUUAUUGUCAAGGAGAAGGUUGUUAGGUUAAUGGACAAUUUUAGUAAGAGUAAGGAUGUUUCACUAUUGGAAUCUGUAAUAGAAAAGAUUGGUUUUCUUAAAACAGGAAUUUCAAUUCAAGAGUCGUACAAAUCGUUACUAGAUGAGAAUGACACUAUUUAUUUCAACGUUGGCUCGGAAAGUCAUGAGAUACCAGCAGUAUUAGUACCUAAAUUAUAUAAGAAAUUGAAAGGUGUGUAUGUUUUGGAAACGAGAGAGGAUACCGAAUCUGAAGAAAAGACAUUCACAAAUUCAGUUGUUGUUUUCCUCAACUGUGGAUAUCCCCUCCUUAUUGAAACAAAUUUUGAGGAUAAGUUGGAUUCUUAUAGAAGCAAUAAUACUUAUAUUGAGAGUGCUUCAGUUUAUGGAAAGGAAGCGUUCAAACAUUCAAAGAGGUCCAAUCAACAUGGAUAUUUUGAUACUGAGUUCACAUGUGAAAUAUCUAGAACCCUUCUUGACUUGGUUCAAAGCUUUGUUUUCUCUUCUGACAUUUCAGGAAUAUUGAAACAAGAAUUUCCCAGUCAUCCUCCACAAGCCAUUAAGGAAGGUUUGAUUUACCAAUUCUUCCAAAUUGCCUUUGGAAAAAAUGCAAACGAAUUUAUGUCAAAUGCUGAUGAAUGGAUUCCUUUCCGUCAUGUUGAUGAUGACUAUGAUGAUGAAGAUGGGUCUGAGGAUGAUACGUUUAUUGAUGAUGAGGAAGUUAAUGAGGAGGAAGAGGAAGAGGCAAAGCAAGCUCUCAAAUCGAUGGGGUACAAACGUAAGAGAAGUGACAAUGAAGAAGAAGAGGAAGAAGAAGAGGAAGCUGACGAAUAG